CAAUCAAUUCAAAUAUUCAUAUUUUUAUAAAAUGUCCAUUUUAUUUUUAAAGAUCGUUCAAAUAUGUCUUUGCCGCUUGAGGAUAUUCAAUGUUAUGAGGAGCUAGUAACAGAAUGUGACAUAGGAAAAAUGUCUGAGAAACCUUUGGACACUGAGGCUGACUGUCCAGAAACGGGACUUAAAACUGUAAAUUGGCGUGAGAGAGUCCCCUAUUUCAUGGGUCUUUGUCAAAAGAAAGCACAGACAAUGUCCCGUGUAAGUCUGGCUAAAAGUCUGGCUUCGGACAAAACCAAUUCUCAGUUCAGUGCAGAGGUUCCCAGAGCCAUUGAUUUGUCUGUGGUUCCGGCAAUCAGCACUGACAAAAUGCCUGAGCCAUCUCUCACCAUCACUAAGGCUCAAGGAAAGACAACCAAAAACAGACGAGAGAGAUCCUAUUUCCCUAGUUGUUGUCUACAGAAGGAGCAAAAGAAAGACAAACGGAGUUCCGUUUCUACUUUGUCUGACAAAGCUAUGUUUGUUGACAAUGUGUACCAGGACCUGCUCCAAGAAAAGGGAUCUGCCAUAAAAUUGUGCCAAUCAGUUGAGCAAUUGCACCUUGCGGUAGAGGAGUGCAGUGCAGAGAGAUUACCCCAUUUAUUGGGUCUUAGUAAAAAGAAACCAGAGACAAUGUCCCGUGUAAGUCUGACUAAAAGUCUGGCUUCAGAAAAUAAUUAUUCUCAGGAAGAUGUACAAGAGUUUCAGGCCACUUUAAGUCAAUGCACGGUGGCAAGAACCUCAUCCCCAGUGGAAUUGAUCAGCAAUGGGUCUGUGCAUAGUAUAAUGAAUGCCUGUCUCUUGAAAGUCGAAGAGAAUUCGGUCGAAUCAGUGUUGGAAUUGCACCAGGCAGCAGGCGAGUUCAGUGCAGAGGUUCCCAGAGCCAUUGAUUUGUCUGUGGUUCCGGCAAUCAGCACUGACAAAAUGCCUGAGCCAUCUCUCACCAUCACUAAGGCUCAAGGAAAGACAACCAAAAACAGGCGAGAGAGAUCCUAUUUCCCUAGUUGUUGUCUACAGAAGGAGCAAAAGAAAGCCAAAGUGAAUUCAGUUUCUACUUUGUCUGACAAAGCUAUGUUUGUUGACAAUGUGUACCAGGACCUGCUCCAAGAAAAGGGAUCUGCCAUAAAAUUGUGCCAAUCAGUUGAGCAAUUGCACCUUGCGGUAGAGGAGUGCAGUGCAGAGAGAUUACCCCAUUUAUUGGGUCUUAGUAAAAAGAAACCAGAGACAAUGUCCCGUGUAAGUCUGACUAAAAGUCUGGCUUCAGAAAAUAAUUAUUCUCAGGAAGAUGUACAAGAGUUUCAGGCCACUUUAAGUCAAUGCACGGUGGCAAGAACCUCAUCCCCAGUGGAAUUGAUCAGCAAUGGGUCUGUGCAUAGUAUAAUGAAUGCCUGUCUCUUGAAAGUCGAAGAGAAUUCGGUUGAAUCAGUGUUGGAAUUGCACCAGGCAGCAGGCGAGUUCAGUGCAGAGGUUCCCAGAGCCAUUGAUUUGUCUGUGUUUCCGGCAAUAAGCACUGACAAAAUGCCUGAGCCAUCUCUCACCAUCACUAAGGCUCAAGGAAAGACAACCAAAAACAGGCGAGAGAGAUCCUAUUUCCCUAGUUGUUGUCUACAGAAGGAGCAAAAGAAAGAUAAAGGGAGUUCCAUUUCUACUUUGUCUGACAAAGCUAUGUUUGUUGACAAUGUGUACCAGGACCUGCUCCAAGAAAAGGGAUCUGCCAUAAAAUUGUGCCAAUCAGUUGAGCAAUUGCACCUUGCGGUAGAGGAGUGCAGUGCAGAGAGAUUACCCCAUUUAUUGGGUCUUAGUAAAAAGAAACCAGAGACAAUGUCCCGUGUAAGUCUGACUAAAAGUCUGGCUUCAGAAAAGAAUUAUUCUCAGGAAGAUGUACAAGAGUUUCAGGCCACUUUAAGUCAAUGCACGGUGGCAAGAACCUCAUCCCCAGUGGAAUUGACCAGCAAUGGGUCUGUGCAUAGUAUAAUGAAUGCCUGUCUCUUGAAAGUCGAAGAGAAUUCGGUUGAAUCAGUGUUGGAAUUGCACCAGGCAGCAGGCGAGUUCAGUGCAGAGGUUCCCAGAGCCAUUGAUUUGUCUAUGGUUCCGGCAAUCAGCACUGACAAAAUGCCUGAGCCAUCUCUCACCAUCACUAAGGCUCAAGGAAAGACAACCAAAAACAGGCGAGAGAGAUCCUAUUCCCCUAGUUGUUGUCUACAGAAGGAGCAAAAGAAAGAUAAAGGGAGUUCCAUUUCUACUUUGUCUGACAAAGCUAUGUUUGUUGACAAUGUGUACCAGGACCUGCUCCAAGAAAAGGGAUCUGCCAUAAACUUGUGCCAAUCAGUUGAGCAAUUGCACCUUGCGGUAGAGGAGUGCAGUGCAGAGAGAUUACCCCAUUUAUUGGGUCUUAGUAAAAAGAAACCAGAGACAAUGUCCCGUGUAAAUCUGACUAAAAGUCUGGCUUCAGAAAAUAAUUAUUCUCAGGAAGAUGUACAAGAGUUUCAGGCCACUUUAAGUCAAUGCACGGUGGCAAGAACCUCAUCCCCAGUGGAAUUGAUCAGCAAUGGGUCUGUGCAUAGUAUAAUAAAUUCCUGUCUCUUGAAAGUCGAAGAGAAUUCGGUUGAAUCAGUGUUGGAAUUGCACCAGGCAGCAGGCGAGUUCAGUGCAGAGGUUCCCAGAGCCAUUGAUUUGUCUGUGGUUCCGGCAAUCAGCACUGACAAAAUGCCUGAGCCAUCUCUCACCAUCACUAAGGCUCAAGGAAAGACAACCAAAAACAGACGAGAGAGAUUCUAUUUCCCUAGUUGUUGUCUACAGAAGGAGCAAAAGAAAGCCAAAGUGAAUUCAGUUUCUACUUUGUCUGACAAAGCUAUGUUUGUUGACAAUGUGUACCAGGACCUGCUCCAAGAAAAGGGAUCUGCCAUAAAAUUGUGCCAAUCAGUUGAGCAAUUGCACCUUGCGGUAGAGGAGUGCAGUGCAGAGAGAUUACCCCAUUUAUUGGGUCUUAGUAAAAAGAAACCAGAGACAAUGUCCCGUGUAAGUCUGACUAAAAGUCUGGCUUCAGAAAAUAAUUAUUCUCAGGAAGAUGUACACGAGUUUCAGGCCACUUUAAGUCAAUGCACGGUGGCAAGAACCUCAUCCCCAGUGGAAUUCAUCAGCAAUGGGUCUGUGCAUAGUAUAAUGAAUGCCUGUCUCUUGAAAGUCGAAGAGAAUUCGGUUGAAUCAGUGUUGGAAUUGCACCAGGCAGCAGGCGAGUUCAGUGCAGAGGUUCCCAGAGCCAUUGAUUUGUCUGUGUUUCCGGCAAUAAGCACUGACAAAAUGCCUGAGCCAUCUCUCACCAUCACUAAGGCUCAAGGAAAGACAACCAAAAACAGGCGAGAGAGAUCCUAUUUCCCUAGUUGUUGUCUACAGAAGGAGCAAAAGAAAGAUAAAGGGAGUUCCAUUUCUACUUUGUCUGACAAAGCUAUGUUUGUUGACAAUGUGUACCAGGACCUGCUCCAAGAAAAGGGAUCUGCCAUAAACUUGUGCCAAUCAGUUGAGCAAUUGCACCUUGCGGUAGAGGAGUGCAGUGCAGAGAGAUUACCCCAUUUAUUGGGUCUUAGUAAAAAGAAACCAGAGACAAUGUCCCGUGUAAGUCUGACUAAAAGUCUGGCUUCAGAAAAUAAUUAUUCUCAGGAAGAUGUACAAGAGUUUCAGGCCACUUUAAGUCAAUGCACGGUGGCAAGAACCUCAUCCCCAGUGGAAUUGAUCAGCAAUGGGUCUGUGCAUAGUAUAAUGAAUGCCUGUCUCUUGAAAGUCGAAGAGAAUUCGGUCGAAUCAGUGUUGGAAUUGCACCAGGCAGCAGGCGAGUUCAGUGCAGAGGUUCCCAGAGCCAUUGAUUUGUCUGUGUUUCCGGCAAUAAGCACUGACAAAAUGCCUGAGCCAUCUCUCACCAUCACUAAGGCUCAAGGAAAGACAACCAAAAACAGACGAGAGAGAUUCUAUUUCCCUAGUUGUUGUCCACAGAAGGCGCAAAGUAAAGCCAAAGGGAGUUCCAUUUCUACUUUGUCUGACAAAGCUAUGUUUGUUGACAAUGUGUACCAGGACCUGCUCCAAGAAAAGGGAUCUGCCAUAAAAUUGUGCCAAUCAGUUGAGCAAUUGCACCUUGCGGUAGAGGAGUGCAGUGCAGAGAGAUUACCCCAUUUAUUGGGUCUUAGUAAAAAGAAACCAGAGACAAUGUCCCGUGUAAGUCUGACUAAAAGUCUGGCUUCAGAAAAUAAUUAUUCUCAGGAAGAUGUACAAGAGUUUCAGGCCACUUUAAGUCAAUGCACGGUGGCAAGAACCUCAUCCCCAGUGGAAUUGAUCAGCAAUGGGUCUGUGCAUAGUAUAAUGAAUGCCUGUCUCUUGAAAGUCGAAGAGAAUUCGGUCGAAUCAGUGUUGGAAUUGCACCAGGCAGCAGGCGAGUUCAGUGCAGAGUUUCCCAGAGCCAUUGAUUUGUCUGUGGUUCCGGCAAUCAGCACUGACAAAAUGCCUGAGCCAUCUCUCACCAUCACUAAGGCUCAAGGAAAGACAACCAAAAACAGACGAGAGAGAUUCUAUUUCCCUAGUUGUUGUCCACUGAAGGCGCAAAAGAAAGCCAAAGUGAGUUCCGUUUCUACUUUGUCUGACAACGCUAAGUUUGUUGACGACGUGUACCAGGACCUGCUCCAAAAAAAGGGAUCUGGCAUAAAAUUGUGCCAAUCAGUUGAGCAAUUGCACCUUGCAGUAGAGGAGUGCAGUUCAGAGAGAAUCCCCCAUUACUUGGGUCUUAGUCAAAAGAAACCAAAGACAAUGUCCCGUGUAAGUUUGGCUAAAAGUCUGGAUUCAGACAAAACUACUUCUCAGGAAGAUAUACAAGAAUUUCAGGCCAAUUCAAGUCUAUCCAUGGAGGCAAGAACCCUAUCCCCAGUGGAAUUGCUCUCCAAUGGGUCUGUGCAUAGUGUAAUGAAUGCCCUUCUCUCAAAAGUCAAAGAGAAUUCGGUUGAAUCAGUUUUGGAAUUGCACCAGGCAGGAGAGGAGUUCAGUGCAGAGGUCCCGAAAGCCAUUGCUUUGUCUGUGGUUCAGGCAAUCAGCACUGACAAAAUGCCUGAGCCAUCUCUCACCAUCACUAAGGCUCAAGGAAAGACAACCAAAAACAGGGGAGAGAGAUUCUAUUUCCCUAGUUGUUGUCCACAGAAGGAGCAAAAGAAAGACAUAGUGAGUUCCAUUUCUACUUUAUCUGACAAAGCUAUGUUUUUUGACGACGUGUACCAGGACCUGCUCCAAGAAAAGGGUUCUGCCAUAAAAUUGUGCCAAUCAGUUGAGCAAUUGCACCUUGCAGUAGAUGAGUGCAGUACAGAAGUCCCCAAAGCCAUUGCUUUGUCUGUGGCUAGAGUGAUUAGCGUAGAAAAAAUGGCUGAGUCAUCUCUUAACACUAUUGCUCAAGGAAAGCAAACCAAUAACAGGCAAGAGAGAUCCUAUUUCCCUAGCUUUUGUCUGCAGAAGAAGAAAAAGCAAAACAAUGCCGAACAGAGUUUCACUUCUACUUUGUCUAACAAAGCUAAUUCAUCUGGUCCCCAAGAAGUCCUACCCCAAGUCUGUGGCAGCGCCACCCCAAGUCUAUGUAAUACAACAGAAACUCAGUCCACAGCUACAGGAACUCCAUCUACACCCGUGGUUUUUUUUUCCAGUGGGUCUGUGCAUAGCUUGGUAUGUGCACUCCUCUUGAAGAUCCGGAAGAAUGCCGAUGGAGCUCCUCCUCAGUCAGAGCCAGAGCUGAUUGAGAAAGCCCUGUCUGUCAGUGGAUCUGUGUUGACACUGUUGGCAGAGGUCAACGGAAUGUCCGUUGAUGAGGAAUCAUCUACCCCUAGUCGGGCACCUCCUGAUGAGGUAGUUGAAGCAGUGUACAAGGACCUGCUGCAGGAAAAGGGUUCUGCGAUCAAAUUGCACCAGGCAGUGGAACAGUGCAGUGCAGAGGUCCCUAAAGUCAUAGCCUGGUCUCUGGUAAAGGAGAUAAGCACUGCUCCCCCCAAUGAAUUCCUUGCUGCCCCAGCUUUCCUCCUCUCCUCUGUCCUGCUUCUCUCCGGACAUCCAAGUAAGGCGAUCUCAUUAUCUGGAAAUGCCAAAUCGCUUGUCUCAGCAGCAAGUGAUAGUCUACCUAAGGAUGAGAGUCAGAAGAGGUUUGGCUUGUUGCCAAAGCUGCCUAAGACACAUAAAAUGCAGAAGAUGCCAAAGUUGAAAGCGAAGAACAAAGUGGAUCCACUGGCCAUCUCUUUUGAUCUUCUGAGAGAGGAUCCACUUGAGGACACUUAUGAUCAUUCAUAAGAGGCUCUAUUGGAAGGCACCUCUGAUGAUCAUACAAACGACUUACAGUGCAGCCGUCCUUUUACAUCACCUCCCAACCCAUUUGGAGAAGAACUAACAUUCUGGCUCUGGCACCAAAAGACAGUCUCUUUUCACUAGCAUUGCCAGCGUCAUCACCAAGGCCUUCACUAGAGCACUUCACCCAGUCAUGACCAGAUCUAGGACCAUCCGCAGUAGUAGUUAACUUGACCACCUGAUAAUUCAAGAGAGGAUCCACUGGAUCUUGGGACUUUAUGAUCAUCCAUCUUUGUUUAGAUAAACUUGUUAGUUCAGAAUCCAAUUUAUCAUUCCAUUGUUUUCAUUCUUAUGAGGUUGGUAGC